AUGUUACCAAUUCGAACUCUCCUUCUUCAGUUUUGUUUAUUACUUCAACUGGCUGAUAUUGUCUACUGCCAACUGUUUACUCCGUGUGUUGGUAAUUGGGAAAACUUGUUUGGAAAUGUGUUCGUGAUCAUAUUGCAGGUAAAUCCGCUCUCGGAGAAGUGUGCGAUGUGAACAACGACUGCGAUAAUAAAGGUUCCAUUUGUCUGCGAGGGAAGUGCAGGUAACAACAGUUCUGAUAAGUAACGUUUCAAAGUAUCAGUUCAGAUGCCAUCCACAUUACUUAGAAACUCACGAUGAGAAAGGACGUCAUCUGAAAUGCGCACCGCGUUAGUUUCACAUUUUACCCAUUCUUUUGAACAACUUGAAGUAUUUCAGUACCUGCAAAAGUGGGAGCUCAGUGCUCGACUAAGUGCCGUGAGCCAUUGUUCUGCCGAAACGGAGAAUGCCAGUGCGUUCAGAGAGGAACGACGCGGAUAUCGAACGGAGAAUGCGUGACGACAUCUCGAGUCGGAGAUCGGUGCUCUCGGCAUUACGAUUGCACUUCUCCGUUUUCUGCAUGCUUGAACUCGCAAUGUGUCUGCAUUUCCGGCACAAUCCAGCAGGUGGAUGAGUUCCUUCGAAACCAUUAUUCCUAACCCAUUUCUCUCAGGGUACUCGCUGCGUGGCUGCUGCCAACUGUCCCCUCGGCGGUCUUCCGGGACAGAGCUGUGUCCGUCGGACUGAGCCUUCGCUCGCCUUCAAUCUCCCACCGGAUCAGGACAAUUGCCCAUCCGGCCAGAUAUGUGUGACUGCAGCUGACAGUCAAGUCGGUUAGUAUUUCUUCAUCCAAAUUGUCAUCUCAAAGAGCUUUUUUCAGGUCACUGUUGCCCAGUUGUGUGCCCACUCGCAAGCCACGUAGAUGUGAAGUACUCCUGUGAUCCAGACGCAGCCACGGCUCUCAAGUGCCCAUCGGACUCUCAUUUCUGUCAUUUACUCUCUGGUUUGUGUAUAGUUGAAGGAAAUGAUUAUAUCAAAUACUUUCUGCAGACGGAAGUUUCUCGCAAGCCGUCUGCUGUCGUCGCCCGUGCAACGCGAUGGCUCCAAACGCUCUGUACGCGAACAAUCAGUGUAUUCCACGUGGACAGCUCAAUUCGGUAUGCACUUCGAAUGCUCAGUGCGGAGGAGGAGAGGGAAUGGAAUGCGUGAAAGGACAGUGCCAAUGCCAACAGAACUUCCAUCCGGCGGUUGACGCACUCACUCAUCCGUUGAAGAAUCCGUCUCAGACGUGCUCGCGAGACUGUGAGAGUGAAAAUCUGUCAAGAGACACCAGCUGUAUGAAGGUACACAACCACUUUUUUUUUUCGAAUAACUCUACCGUUUCAGAGUGUUCCCCUUGGCUCGCUUUGUUUCAUUCAGAAGCAAUGCCCCCAGAACUCCGGCUGCUGGAGAGGUCGCUGCAUGUGCCGAUGUGGAUUCGGAGCGAAGAACGGAAAGUGCGUGGCUCUUCCGCCUCCUCCAACCACCACUGCUGCUCCAGAACGUUGGUUAUUCUUAAUGAAUUCUGAAUUAAUCUCAUGCUUUUCAGCCAAUAUAAUCCCGGGAGUUCCACUCAAUCCAGGAAACGACCUUUUCAAGCUUUUCGGUCAAUUCUUAGGCGGUGCAAACGGCGGAGGAGGUCUCAAUUUCGGAUAA